AUGGGGGCUCAUUUAAGUAGUCCUAAGACGGAUAAGGUUUCGUUCAGUGGCGGAGACUUUUCUUCUCACACCACCAGGUAUGGAUCAUCAUCAAUGCAAGGAUGGCGCGUUUCAAUGGAAGAUUCCCACCUUGCAGUGCCUGAUCUUUAUCAGCAUGGGAGCAACGGUGGGGAAAAAGAAGCAGAUAAUGGACACCAAACGCAAGCAGGUGCUACUACAAGUGCACCGAACAAUUCCAACGCGACAGGGAAUAUUAACAGCUCCUUGGUUGGUGUAUACGGCGUCUUCGAUGGUCAUGGUGGCAGUUGUGUUAGCCAAUGGGUAUCAGAGAAUUUCGCAAACCUUCUAAAAGGAGAGAUCGCACGUCUCAGUGAGUUGAAAAAUAACCAAAACAUUGAGCUGAAAAGUUUGGAUGCGAUUUCGGAGACACAGGCAGUGCUUGCUGAGUCAUUGCAGUCUGCUUUCUUAAAGGUGGAUGAAGAAUUACAGAGGGCAGAAACGGAGCAAGCGUUGCAGAAACUCAACGAAAGACCGAGGAGUGACAAUUCAAACGAAUCUUUCGUCGACGGAUCAUCACUUUUUAAGGUGCUUAUGCCGGAUCGUGCGCCAAAUCGACAGCACACAAUCCGUCUUAUUGAACAACACACCGAGCGACUAUUGCGCGAGUCAUUUAAUUUUCAUAAUUCCAAUCAAUCGGAUGCUCAAACCACUGAAGAUUUAACAAGGUAUAGCGAAGACGAUGAAGAUUAUCAGCAGAAGUCGCCAGAUGACCUUGACGAAGAUAUAAAUGACGAUGAGGUUUAUAGAAAUACAUCUACCGAAGCACAUUCGGUAGAUGUAUCGAACGAGGGUGGGUCCAUAGGUCUGAAUGAUGUGAGCCCGAAAAACCAUGAAAGCAAAACUUCCCAAGACCAGAUGGUGACUCGCGCCGUACACGACGAUGAAUCUAUGAGAUCUGGGGACUGCAUUCCAGAGGACGAAUACGAAGUAGAGACGGACACAAUUGGAGACGGGGAUGGUCCUAGUUUAGCUUAUGGAUGUGGUUCAACUUCUGUGGUUGUGGUGGUUGUAGGUGGAGAGACACCAGCUAUACUAGUAGCUAACGCCGGCGACUCCAGGGCUGUUUUAAGCCGAGGUGGGCAAGCGGUGGCGUUGUCUCAUGAUCAUAAACCUCAAUUACGUGAAGAAGGGGAACGGAUCCGACGAGCCGGUGGGUCCGUAACGAACGGAAGGGUAGACGGCAAUUUGAAUCUUAGCCGUUCUCUGGGUGAUUUGGCCUUUAAGCGUGACCAAUCGUUGCCUCCAGCUGAGCAACGCAUUUCUGCUAUGCCUGAUGUGAGAAUAUGCCCAUUGACACCGCAAGAUGAAUUCAUUGUACUAGCAUGCGACGGCAUUUGGGACUGCAAAAGCAACCAGCAAGUUGUGGACUUCGUGCGUAGCCGCUUGGUGAGCGCAGAGAACACCAACAAUGACGCUUCUGACUCAGAUGCCACCGCUAAUAACCCCGGGACUCUGGCCAAAAUAUGUGAGGAAUUGUGCGACGAAUGCCUGUCCAGCAAUCCCAGCGAGAGCGAAGGCGUCGGUUGCGACAACAUGACUGUCGUCAUAGUGCAGCUUAGUAAACACUUGGUUGAAAAGGCCACAUCCUCAGCUCAGCCCAUCACACUUUACGGGAAGCAAGUUGACGCAUACCUCUAG